AUGGCCCCUCCGCUGCCUUUGAUACCCCAGAGGCGGCAGGCUCCCGGGAUCCCUGCCCAGGCCCGCAGACUGGAAGGGGUGGAGAGCCUGCCAGCAUUACCAUCUUGGCAGGCACCGGUUGUGAGGACGGUCCACCUCUAUGAGCAUGUCCAUGAUCACCAUCACUUCGUUUAUCCGCGACGAAGGCCCUCUGUGCCGUCAGUGCUUGAGCCACUGCCUGAAAGGAGGCCUUCGAUUCCGGAAGUGGUUGUGUUGCCGUGCUCAGAGCCAGUCGAGCCAGAGCCUGCACCACAGCCGGCAGUGGCCCUGGACGCUGUGCAGCUACACGACCUGCCCGACGUGCCGGAAGCGGAGGUGCUCGGAGAAGAGCACUCGCACGAGAAAGGGCGCGAGGCACCCGUGCGAAGCAGCCUGCUGCAGGUACUACCCGAGAAAUCCCAAAGGCUGGACAGCCGUGGUUCCGUGGCCUCCUCCCGCCUGUCCUCUUACAACAGCGAGGGCUCGAAGUCCCGGAAUGGCAGCAAGGAGCCUCCGAGGUUACGGGCGAGGCCCUCGAAGAAAGAAGCCCGGAGGGUGGAGGUGGAGGACAAGCUGUCGAACAGACUCCGGGUCCUCGAAGCCGAGAGCAGGUGGUCAGAUCGACGUCGCGACCUUCGGCGCUACAUCCGAGAGCUGCCAGACAGCUCCAAGUCCCGAGCGAAGCAGAAGCUGGUGGGCCACAAGGUCACAGGCACGCUUCUCGACAAGACAAGGCUAGAGACCCAGAAGGCAAAGGACACGCAGGAGAAUCGCGACAUUGUGCACCACAUUGAGAAAGAGCUCCAUGCAUGUAGCCGCUCUCGGCACAGAGUCAUGCGCAUGCAGGCUGCUUUGCGGCGCCGGUUAGGCAUGCAUUCCAUGGGGCUGGUGGCACAUGAAGAGGAAGAGGGUGGCACUGGUGGCACAACUGAUGCGCAGAGUGCCCCCACGGCUGCCGGACCGGCUUCCGAGCUGCCAAGCACGCUCAACCGUUCACUCGAAUUCACGGAGGACCCGUCUACGUUGGCCGCGGCGCGUCGCGAGUCAGGGAUCUCUUCAGACAGGUGGGGUUCUCAGUUCCUCAAGGCAAGAAGCAUGGCACCUGUGGUGCUUUUCUUGGACGAGCUGGAUGCGCUAGGCACGCGCAGUCGCGGUCAGGGCGUGCUCGGCGGGGGCGAGGAGUAUGUGCAGACCCUGAACCAGAUCCUCACGGAGCUGGAUGGGUUUCAUGGACAUGGCGAUGGCAUCGUCGUCCUUGGAGCGACGAAUCGCCAGGAGGCCAUCGAUCCGGCCUUGUUGCGACCGGGUCGCCGCGACCUUGCGGGUGGGACCUUUCUCUCAAAGCUCCAGUACUAG